GGUGAUUAUCUUUGAAUUCGCUCGCGGUGAAUAUGCAGUUUUACUACAAUUAGCGUUAUUUAUGUGUCAUCAAAUGGCGAUGAAGAAGGAAGCCAAUGACAAAUCGAAGGCCGCCGAACUUCGAAGAGCACAAAUCGGUGUUGGCGUACCAAUUGUCUGGAUUUUGGGCGGUCCCGGUUGCGGCAAAGGCACACAAUGCGCGAAAAUUGUAGAGAAGUACGGAUUCACACACUUGAGCUCCGGUGACUUACUGCGCGCAGAGGUGGCCUCUGGCUCCGAUAAAGGUCGCGAAUUGGCAGCCAUUAUGAAAGAGGGGAAAUUGGUGCCGAACGAAGCUGUCUUGUGCCUGCUAGCCAAAGCUAUUGCCGAUCACAAGUGCGAUUCGAAAGGCUUUCUAAUUGAUGGUUACCCACGCGAGAAGGAUCAAGGCGCAGCUUUUGAACGUCAAAUUGCACCAGCGGAUCUAAUUAUCUACUUUGAUUGUUCGGAUGAUGUUAUGGUUCAACGUAUUAUGGGACGUGCGGCUGCUUCCACAGAGGUGCGUGCCGAUGACAAUGAGGAUACCAUCAAGACUCGUUUGACCACCUUUAGAACAAAUACCAAUGCCAUUCUAACCCAAUACAUCGAGAAGACGAUAACGCUCAAUGCCGAACGUUCCGCCGAUGAUAUUUUCGUGGAUGUGCAACGCGCACUGGAUUGUUUGAUACAGAAGAAGGCUCAGGCGGUGGCAUGCGCCUAAUUAAUGACUCAACAACAACUGCAAACACACAUGCAUACAUACAAAUGUAUGUGCAUAAAUUAUUUAUUCUUUAAUUAAUUUUACGUGAACUCACGUAGAUAUAAAUAUUAUAGCACAAUUCAAACACACAUACCUAUCUACAAAUGAUAUUAGCUAAUAGCAAAAAACCAAAGAAAAUGGAGAAAGCAAAGAAAAUGGAAAAAUCAAACAGCAUAACUUAAAGAUACUUAAAAUACACCUCAAAUUAUAUACGGCCAACUUGUGUGGCAAAAAGAGUGACUCAAGCGUACAUAAUUCCCAUAACUUGAGCGCUUGAGUAAGCAGCUAUGGGUAAUUGCUUCAUAGGCGUGCAAAAAUCUAUUCUUAAAUUGUAGUACAACCAUAAAGCUCUCUAAGAGAAAUACAUAUGUGCUUUAAUUAAAAAUUAUAACGUACUUUAUUUACUUAAUGCAAUACAGCAAAGAAAUUACAAAUUGUUACCAACAAAAGCAAUUGUCGCAAUAAAAACUAUUAACUAAUGAUUUUA